AAAAUUGCUGUUAGGUGAGUUCGACAUUUUAUGCGCUGAUUCGUUUCUUGAUGCGGCUCCUCUUUUAUUCCUUUAUCCCCAUUCUCAUCAUCUGGUUUUUGUUCAACUACCUUAGGUACCUACCUGCCUGCCGUACUUUGCUUCGCGGCUACCAACCUAGGUACCUACCUACCUAACUACUUCCGUCUCGCGAUAAUACCUCAAAUUUUAAAGUAAGGGUAUUGACUAGCCACCAUCAAGGUACUUGACUUCGUACGAGACGUAGUCAGGUGCCUCGCCCAUCAACUUCCUCAACCACCCCUGACAUCCGCUCCACUACAACCAAACAAACAAAAAAAAAAUAACGCUGAGAACAAGUUGGAUCCCCGCCCCAGAAAAUUCGCUCAUCGAUCAGUGUUCUGUUGCAUCACAAGCAAUCCGUUGUGCCGGUAGCGACAAACCAAGUCGAGACCAAUCUACCGUAGUAGUUUGGCCUGGUUCCCACAAUAGAACCAAACAUCACCCGGGGAUCCAAGGCUGCCCGGUUUAGAGCUUCUUGCGGCCCAAGCAAAGUCGGCCCAGUUCAACUAAACGUCGGGGCAGGUCGGGACAAGUCAUCUGAGGCGCUGUCGCCCGCCGUGCCAGGCAUUGUCCGACCUUCUCAUCCCGAGCCCGGCGGCAUCUAGCCUUUGUUCGGCCGGUGGCCGGAUGUGUAAACUGGGAUUUCCUGCAGUGGCCCAUUUCAUAAUCCUAGUCUAGACUAGAUCGUCAUUUACGCUCUCGGGCAGCGGCAGGCAAGCGUCAAUGGUCAGGUACAUCACAUUGGAUCCCAACCCCGCGAAUCCUCGAGGCCGUUUGUCGAUUACGACAUUUUCUUUGUCAAGCAUAAGAUAACACCAGAGCCGCCGCAUGCACCAAGUGAGCGCCCACCCAUUUUCCCACCGGUCCAAAGAUCAACCUGUGUCCUCUGAGUGCUAUACUUGAGCUUGACCACAACAAGGGCUGGCCGUACGCUCCAAAAUUGACAACAAGAGCAGAGUCACUCCUUUCUGAUUACGAAUGGUCUUUGCAUUGGAUCUGCCGUGAAUCUACUCAUCAUCGCGGAAAGAUCGGAGCUGACCUCGCUUUGCACAAAUAAAACCUCGUUGAUUCACGCCUGCACCGUUAUCUGUUUGCAAGUGGAAAGGAUAGGUCAAGACCUCUGUUUAGAACAGCUUGCUCUGGCGCAAAUCGCACGGUUUUCUCAUCAUGGAUCUCGACUCGCUCGCCAUUCACGACAUAGUGCAUCCCACAGCUGCAUUCUCGCGGGAUGAAUAUAACACGGAAUGCGAGCAUCGGGAUAUUGAGGAACCGGCCCACUCCAAAUGCGCCUCUAAUGACUGGGAAAACUCCCAGCUCAACCCCAAAAACCGCAUCGACAGCCUUGAUCUCCCUGAGCCGCCCUUGUGGCGCAUCGACGGUUCGGCAGGCCUCGGAACUCAGUACUAUGCAAUCCCUCUGUUUCUAGGCAGACUUACUCCUUUGCGCAUAGAUGUUUUCGUUGCAGAACAUCUGGGCAAGUCCUCGCCUCUGUUGCGGUCACUGCUCGACCUCGACCAGGCUUUUCACACCAAGGACGCGGCCCGGGUCAACCGCCUCGGGAUCACCAGACACAUAGUCCGGGCCUUGCACCUGUGGGCCAAGACGUUGAUCGACGCGGGCGAGCUAUAUAAGCUCGAGGACAUUUUUCUCAGACAGCCGUUUGGAACCAAGCUCAUUUUCGAGAACCUGGAUUUGAAUGUAGCCAACAUCAGAAUAAGCGUCGACCCCAAUCACGAUCUCGAGCUGCGGCUUCUUUCAGUUGGGGACCUUGCCGCCAUGUGGGAUAUGCCCGUGGAAAACUUUCCUCCGUCCAUAGAUAUUACUGAUCUGGAGUUUGUCACACAGCUCCAUGAUAGUGUGUGCGUUGUGCGUUCCGGUGGGGACGUCGGGACAGGCAUUAAAGGUGAGGGUGAGGGAGAUGGUGAACAGCUCAUCCUCAAAGCCCUCUCAAGCUCGAAUCGUUAUCUGUACCACGAGCUCAAGAUUUUAUUGACCAUGCCUCCACAUCCAAAUAUCAUGUCGAGACCCAUACAUAUCAUCACCAAACAGUGCAAUUUCGGCAACAAGAAGGGCAUCAUUGGCUUCACACUCUUUUAUCAUCGCACAAGCUCGAUCCGCGACCUGAUACCCUGGAUGCGCAUCCACAACAAGCUCAAAGUACAAGAUCAGACCAAGUGGGCGAUACAACUCACGUCCGCCCUGAUCCACAUCCGUGAAAUGGCAAAGACAUACUAUCCGGAUUUGCGCCUCGACAAUGUCGUCCUCUCGGAAGAAGGGGAUGCCGUCAUGGUCGACUUCGAGCAGCGUGGAGUGUGGUGCGAAUUCGGAUCCCCCGAGGUCAACAACAUUGAAUUCCUGCGAAUUCUUGCGUGUGACGAUCCGUCGGAAUUCACAGGAUCCGAUGCCGAGCCCACAAUUGGUGAAGAGCUGCGCGUUGGCUACUCGGAGCUUCUAAAGCGGCUGGUCCCUAACUGGGAGGAGUUGUACUUCAACAGCGACUACAACAAUCCAUCGCAGGGCUAUAAUAUAGCCUGGAAAGCGUUGACGCCGGCUCAGCAGGAAGCCGCCGAGGUGUACAUGCUCGGAAGAGUGUUGUGGUGUCUCUUCGAAGGGCAAGCGGCGCCGAAGCGCGGAGCGGUGUGGCAGUCUUACCGCCGUGAGACAGAGAUCGAGUUCCCAAACUACAGCGAGCGCAUGCCCGCGGCAAUGCGCUCUCUCAUCGACCAAUGCACAGCGGGCAGGCGGCAAGCAUGGAGUGACCAGGUUUCGCGGGUUCGUAGUCGCGUCGUGCUUAAGAGCGGCGAGGUCGUUUCCACCGCCGAAUUACGCCGGUUGGCCAAAGACUGGUGGACGCGAGAGCUGCAAGAAAACGGGCUAUACCUGGACACACAGGGCCGUGGCGCCGACCUAGACAAGCUGAAGAGGAUUGACGCGUCGGCACAGCGACCGAGAUUGAGGGAGGUCCUGGCAGAGCUCAAGCAGUUUGAGGCGUCUUUGGAGUGACAUAAUGUUGAGAGCAUGGCUUACGUUCUAGGAUUGUUUAUCCUGCUUGCAAUUUACCUUGGUGAUCAGGGUUUCAGCAUCUGCGCCAACCUAAUGUUCCUGCUUUUGUUAGUUUCGUCUGUUUUUAUGUGGAGUUUUGGUCCCUUUGAGUCUGUCUCAUUUUUUAUCUUACACCAUGUGUACCGUGCAGACGGGCAUUAGGAAAACCCACGAGCCCUGGCACACACAAAAGAAAAUUGUAGCUAAUCGGACAUGUGAUCUAUUCGCAACUUGAUAUUAGCCUGCGUCGUCGCAGCUACAUUUAUAGAUGUGGGGUGGUCAACCCAGGUAAAACUCGGCUUCAUCAUCGUCAUCGCUUUGUGCCGUUAUGGGAUUUAGCUCCACCAAUGAUUGAGCAGCUGAGCAGAUAAAGACAUACCUGACUACAUAUAAUUUUUCCGCAAUGCCAACCUAGGCCAAACAGAACUGAAGGUUGUCUGAGAGCAGUGAUUGGGUACUUGUUCUAUAAAUUUCUAGAACCUAGAAAAUAAACUAAAGAUGAAGCCCCCACUACCUUGCAGAUGCAUUUACGCAAGGAAGAU